AACUCCCGUGUAGCUUUGCAACAUAAGUAAACUACAUAGCCCACAGUUCCACGCGCUACGCAUGCGCAACACAACCAAAAGAGCAACAAGGACUACAAAUUCACGAUAGGAGGACUACAAUAUUUCUUGGACAUGCGCAGUAGGGAUGCCGAGUCCUUUAAUGUACGUGCAAAGAUGGCAGCUCAUGUCGACUUGCUCCGUGGAAAAGUAGAAGAAGAAAAGAUGAGGGACAAUCUGGAUAGAUUCUUCAAAGAGAAGAAAAAGAAGAAGAAAAGAGACCUGUCGCCGUCAGCUGACAAACGGGAGAGGUCGGAGAAAGAGGCGAAGAAAGUGAAGCUCCAUCAUCACCAUCACCACCACCACCACCACCAACACCAACAUGCUGAGCACCGGACCCAGCAGCCGCAUCAGCUGCAGCAAAAUCCUCAACCGCGCAACUUCAGCGGGGAUAAACAUGUCCUGCACAGCCACCACCACCAUCACCAUAAUCACAGCCUCAGCAACGGCACGAAGAAGAACCUGCUGCCGCCUGUGCCUCUUCCUCCUCCUCCUCCUCCUCCGCCGCCGCCGCGGAAGGUACCAGAGCAGCUGCGGAAGAAACGAGCGGUUCCUCCCGAACCACCAGCUGCGCUCUUCACUUUCACGCCUCUCAAAGUGGCCCAGGCCAAACCCCAGGAUUAUAAAGAGAAGCAUAGGGAGAAAGACCUGAAUCUGAAGCUCAAGAAAGAAAAUACUGAGGCAAAUGUGAAGCACGCAGAACUGAAGAAAAAUAAGGAGCCAAGGCCCCACAACGAGAAUGUCAAGUCUCUAACACUGGAGGAAUAUAUCCUGAAGAAGAAAAAGAAGAAGAAGAAGCACCGUGAGGAUGAGCACAGUGCCAAGAAGGUCCGAUACAUGCACAACAAAGCUGUUCAGACUGUAUGCUCGGGGCUCGGAGCGGAUCUCACUCUGCCCGUUCACCCUGAUUCCUCUCCGUCUGUCAGCGUGAAACACGAAAGCAAUCACCAGCCUCCUGCCAGAGACACUGUGGACGACAACCACCAAUCCUACCUCCAUGCUCUCAAACUGGGACACGCUCCCUUCCUCUCCCACCAAGACCACUACAUCCGCAGCUCCUGCCUCCAGACAGGCACCAGGUUUGGACGUUUCAUACAUGAGGAAAGGCAAGCUAACGGCGGGGCGUCAGUCCUGCACGCCUACGCCGAUGAGUUAGCCUGUCUCAGUCCGGCUGAGAUGGAGUGCUUCGCCCAGGAGUUCCUGGAGUUGGCCUUUGCUGAGAAGCCUAGAGGUGCAGCCACUUACGCCUUAGCAGUGGUGCACAGCGCGGCGGCCUACAUACCUGACUUCCUGGAUUACUUUGCCUUCAACUUCCCCAACACACCAGUCAAAAUGGAGAUACUGGGCAAGAAAGACAUUGAGACCACCACUAUUGCCAACUUUCACUCUCAGGUGAACCGGACUUACUGUUCAGGAACUUACCGGGCCGGACCCAUGAGGCAGAUCAGUUUGGUGGGAGCAGUGGAUGAGGAAGUUGGAGACUAUUUCCCAGAGUUCCUUGACAUGCUGGAGGAGUCACCCUUUCUCAAGAUGACCCUACCAUGGGGAAGCCUCUCGAGUCUGAAGCUGGACUGUCGCUCUCAGAGUGACGACGGGCCCAUCAUGUGGGUGCGACCAGGAGAACAAAUGGUGCCCACUGCUGACAUGCCCAAGUCUCCUUUCAAACGGCGCAGGUCGAUGAAUGAGAUCAAAAAUCUUCACUACCUGCCGAGGGCCAGUGAACCCAGAGAGGUUCUGUUUGAAGACCGGACUAAGGCCCACGCUGACCAUGUUGGCCAGAGUUUCGACUGGCAGAGCACUGCUGCAGUGGGAGUACUGAAGGCUGUGCACUUUGGAGAAUGGAAUAAUCGACCUCGGAUAACCAAAGAUGUGGUUUGUUUCCAUGCUGGGGACUUCAAUAAAGUUGUGCAGAUGCUGCAGCUGGAUCUCUAUGAGCCCCCAGUAUCUCAGUGUGUCCAGUGGGUGGACGACGCCAAGCUCAACCAGCUGAGGAGAGAAGGCAUCCGCUAUGUCCGUGUCCAGCUCUGCGACGACGACAUUUAUUUCAUCCCGAGGAACGUCAUCCACCAGUUCAAGACGGUGUCCGCAGUCUGCAGCCUGGCCUGGCACAUCCGCCUCAAACAGUACCAUCUGGAGGAAAGGGACAAGGUGGAGGAGCACAGGCCCAGCGAUCUCAGCCCCUCCUCCGGCCGAGUCUCUUUUCCCUCCCCUGCUAGGCCUGACGCCACCGCAACCCCCUGUGUGCAACCACAAGGAGACAUCCAAGGUGGGGUGGCCAAGACUGAAGAACUAGAGUUCCAGAGGCCAGCAACACCUCCCCAGGAGCCUCAGCCGGCGCCUCCACAGCCCACCAAAUCUGCUCAUUUGCCCUCAACAUACCAGGAUCCCCACCUUUCCUCGGCACCAGUCCACUCCAGCUGUACACCUUCAAAUGAGCCGGCCCUUCCAAAAACUCUCAGCCACACUGUAAGGUUCUCUAAAUGACUUCUGUUCACCCUCUGCAACUUCUCUCUUUCUAUCCACUGUGGGAGGUAUCUGAAGGAAUUUUAGACUAAAACUGACAUCUGUGUCAAUCAGGAAGCCUUUCAAUUUAAAUUAUUCUUAACACUUUUUAAAAAUCUUUUAAUGUUGGUUAAAAAAAAAAAAAGUCUCCAGAUGUUGUGUUUUUCAGCCAAAGUACAAUGUUUAAUGGGACUGUAAAAUACUGCAUAUUUAGUUAUUUUAUAUUUGAUAGUCUCAUUCAAGAGGUGUGUAUCAUAAAGAAGCUAUUAUUUUUAGACUUACAAUAUGAGUUGCCAUGCUUAAGCAGGAAAUUGUUCAAGUUACUUUUUUGGCAGAAUUAUUUAAUGGGAGAUGGAAUCCAAAUGUGCAGCAGUUCACAGAUACAGAAGGACUGAUUGUUUACAUACUUAAUAUAUGAUUACUCUGGAAGCAUGAUGUUGACAUUAUACUGUUUUAUUCAUUUUAGUGACAGGGGCAUGUAGACUAACCUCACCCAGAAGAUACAGUGGACUCGGUUUUAAAGAUUGAGGGCAUUGUUAGUUGCCUGCAAAGCCGUCACUUUGCUAUUUGAGUCAAAAGAUCAGCACAUACAGUACAGUAUAGGAUGUCCUGGAUUGGUCAUAGCCAGUAAACAUAGGAUAAUCAAAAUGUGUACUUUUUUGUUUGGAAAGACUAAACAUUUUUAUCUUUUAAAUUGAAGAAGAUAUCAUUUUCUUUUAUCUGAGACUAGGCAAAAUACAAUUAUCAAAA